GGGAAGAGUGUGUGUGUGUGCGGGAGAAAGGGGAGACUCGCCCGAGCGGUCUCGGAAGCCCCCGGAGUGAGAACCUGUUCAGUUGGGGGCUCAUUUGGAGUCAGUGGCGGCAGCAGCAGCAGCAGCAACAGCGACUUUGGCAGUAGCAAAGCAGGCCCAGCCUGCAGGGAGUCCUACAGUGUAUGUGUGGUAACACCAUGUCUGUUCCCCUGCUCACCGACGCUGCCACCGUGUCUGGAGCUGAGCGGGAAACGGCUGCGGUUAUCUUUUUACAUGGACUCGGAGAUACAGGGCACAGCUGGGCUGACGCCCUCUCUUCCAUCCGGCUCCCUCACGUCAAGUACAUCUGUCCCCAUGCGCCCAGGAUCCCCGUGACACUCAACAUGAAGAUGGUGAUGCCCUCCUGGUUUGACCUGAUGGGGCUGAGCCCAGAUGCGCCAGAGGAUGAGGCUGGCAUCAAGAAGGCUGCAGAGAACAUCAAGGCCUUGAUCGAGCACGAAAUGAAGAACGGGAUUCCUGCCAAUCGAAUCGUCCUGGGCGGCUUUUCACAGGGUGGGGCUCUGUCCCUCUACACAGCCCUCACUUGUCCCCACCCUCUUGCUGGCAUUGUGGCAUUGAGCUGUUGGCUGCCUCUGCACCGGAACUUCCCCCAGGCAGCCAAUGGCAGUGCCAAAGACCUGGCCAUUCUUCAGUGCCAUGGGGAACUGGACCCCAUGGUGCCUGUACGGUUUGGGGCCCUGACAGCUGAGAAGCUCCGGUCUGUUGUCACACCUGCCAGGGUCCAAUUUAAGACAUACCCAGGUGUCAUGCACAGCUCCUGUCCUCAGGAAAUGGCAGCUGUGAAGGAAUUUCUCGAGAAGCUGCUGCCUCCGGUCUAACCAGCUGCUGGCCCCCAGUUCCCAGGGGACCCAGCACAUAAGCACGGCACUAUCUUGGAUCUGAGCCGGUCAAGCCCCUCUCCCCUCCUUCCCCACCUUGCCCACCCACCCUCUUCCCACAGACCUCUGGGGCAGGCAGCUGAGGGUGGCCAGGCUUUCCCUGCUGGCCCUGGCCACCUAGCAGCCUGCAGCAGGGGCGGGCUGCUUUCCUAUCCCACUUCCCCAGAGGCGGGCCCCAGCAGCAGUAUUGGAGGGGCUGUAGGCAGCGGGAGAAAGGGGCCCAGCCGCUGACCCACUCACUCAGGACCUCACUCACUAGCCCCGCUUUGGGCCCCCUCCUGCGACCUCAGGGUUUGGCCCAUGGGGCCCUCCUGGGCUCCUACCCCAGUGAUUCUGCCCAGAUAAUCGUGCGUCUCCUGCCCCACUGCAGCUGCUUCUCAAUCAUGAAUGUGUCCAUGGCCCAGGGCCCCUUGCUGCUGUGGGCUGCCUGUCCAUGGGCAGGCAUGUCAGUGAGGAGGUAGAGUCCUUUGGGGGCCUCCCCUCAGUGGUUCCCAUCUUGGGGGCUGGGCCCUGCCUCCCAUGGCUCUCCCUCACAGGCCUGGAGCCUGCAGGGCUAGAUUGAGGCCCAAGGACCCCUGGCUGUCUCACCCCCACCGUAUCCCCAUUCUAGGGCCAGGGAGGUGGUGGGGAGGAGUUGUGUCUUGUCUUCUGUCUCCAUGUGGUUUUGGGUGUUUUUCUUGUUUUGUCCUGAAUUCCAAUAAAAUUACAGAAAUUGCUUCCUCAA